UACAGUGGAUCGGUACAGUGGAUCGGUACAGUGGAUCGGUGCAGUGGAUCGGUACAGUGGAUCGAUACAGUGGAUCGGUACAGUGGAUCGGUACAGUGGAUCGGUACAGUGGAUCGGCUGAACGCGUAAUUGGUAGAAACCGGACUCGCUGUUGGGCUUAAGAUGCGCGGGAUGGAUCACCAUGGCAACGUAAACGCGGCUGCUUUUGAAACCGAACCGAGGUUCGGUUAAACCAGGAGACCCGGAAAAUCCCGUUCAGCCCGCAGCGCUGAGUUCAUGUAAGAUCCAGAACCUGCUGCGGCUUCCUGUCCCGGUCAGCAGGCGUGUCCUGCCGCCCAGAUUAUAAAUGAGUCCGCUGGUUCCGCUCAGGGUCUAAACCGGGCCGACGGACUUCACGAUGUGCGUGUCACGGUACCUGCUCUAUGUGGGCCACGCUCUGGUUCCCAUGGCGGUCAUCUGCAUCGUGUCCAACAUCCUGCUGCUGUUUCCAGAGAUGACGUACCACUUCCUGUUGGAUGGCCAUGUGACCAGAGAGGCCACCUGGGCCACGGGUCUGUGGGCGUCCGGCUUCCUGGUAUUACUUGGAGCGGACGCCUUCCUCAAGCGCAGCAGAACCAGAGGCUUCAUUGCUGCCCGCACUCAGAUGUUCGGUCUGGUCAUGUACUCCUGCCUGGGGCUGCUGGCUGCCUCCGUCUGCUGUGUGGUCAGCGCCACCGGUCUGGUCCAGGGUCCUCUGUGUCUCUACAACUCGUCCUCCGGUCUCACCUGGGGUGUCCCCCUGAAACCCGUCCCCGACAGUCACGCCGGGUACCUGUACAACCAGUCGAUGUGGUCGGGGAUCUGCUUGAAGCCGAAGUCGGUGGUGGAGUGGAAUGUGGUUCUGUUCAGCAUGAUGGGGCUCUGCAGCGCCGCACAGGCCGUCCUCUGCGGGCUGAACAUCCUGAACUCCCUGGCCGGGUUGGUUGUGGGCCAGGGGAUCCGCCCACGACCAGCUCGCUCCGGAUUCUGAAUGAGGAAGUCAAGAUUUUCACAGCAGACAACCUCAAACCCUUCAAAAUAAAAGCACAGAUGCACUUUACUCUCUGGCAAUUCCAGAGAGUAAAACCUAUUUAUGUCUAUCAGAAAUGUAACAUAAGUCAGAUUGACAGAGUUCGCCAGCAGCCUGAAGAUCAGAACGAUUUAGAUUUAUGAAGGUUUUAUUUAUUCCUGUAUUUAAUAAAGCAAAAGACUCUGAAUGCAUGAACAACAAGUCAAAAGAAAUAAGACAGUUUGGAAAAGUUUUUGAGUUUUCUUUCUUUUAUCCGUCUUUAUACAUAAAAGUCCUGUUGCAAUAAGCAAUAAAUUAAUCACAUGAUAAA